AUGAGUUAUGCAUUUCGAGGAGCUAGACCUGAUAUUGAAAGUGGGUGUGCUAGAGUUAUUCCUCAUCAACGUCCUUCAUUGAGAAUACGGGCAUCACCGCCGAAUAAUACCAACUCCUUUGCUUUUCUUUUCACUGUUUUCAUGCUGUUCAUGAUACUAAACUCUAAUCAGAUAUCACCAAGAUUUAUGGUUCGGUUAGUUUUCGGUGUUUUUCUGGUGGCCGAAAUCUUUCGAAUGUAUGAAAUAUGCAGACAAAUUCAAGCUCAGUCCCAGGUUCAUGCUGGGGGUUCCAGUGAUGCACUGCAAGGUCAAACAGAGUGGCGGUUGCACAUGCCGUCAUCGUUGGCAAUUGCAGCAAGAGGUGGAUUGCAAGGUUUAAGACUCCAGCUUGCACUAGGUUAUAAUUUUGAUGAACUAGAAUUUGAAACUCUGGGUGCAAUUGAUUCGUAUAAUGUUUCCCCUGCUCCCUCAAUGAUUGAGGAAGAGAUUAAUGCCCUUCAUGUUCAUAAGUACAGGGUUACGGGUGAGAAAGGCAAGUAUUGUGUUUGUUCUCGCAACUUUGAAGAUGCAUUACAGGAGCAAAGCUCCUCUGCACCCGCAGCUGAGGUUUCUGUUUUGACUCUCUUCAUUCACAUAAUGCACUACUACACUUACCAGUUUGUAGUUGUCUAUGAAAAACUGGUUGCACUGAAAUUUCCUACAUAUUGUACAAUUUUACCAGAUCAUUUCCCCUGUUACAAAUAA